CUGUCUCGAUUAUUGUACCUGAACUCAUCAUGCAUCGACUCGUCAUGUCUGCUACAGAGCCGAGGAUCCGUGUGCGGUCCCGGUCCGUCAAGUAGACGCCGCCGCUCUCACUUUAGUGGCGUGGUCUUUGUCGAGGAUUUUCUUUUCAUUUUUAGACCUGAUCAGCCGAUUUCCUCGGAUCAGUCAUCAUGGGUAAAAAAGAAGAGGAGGAUAUCAUCAGAAUUGCAAAGAAGAUGGAUAAAAUGGCGCAGAAGAAGAACGGGGCUGGGGCUUUGGACCUAUUGAAGGAGCUGCGCAGUAUCCCCAUGACGCUCGAGCUGCUUCAGUCCACUAGAAUCGGGAUGUCCGUUAAUGCUAUCCGCAAGCAGAGCACAGACGACGAGGUGACGUCCUUAGCCAAGUCCCUGAUCAAAUCAUGGAAGAAGCUUUUGGAUGAGCCUGGAGGUGCAGACAAAUCGUCAGAUGAAAAGAGGAAAGAGCAAACAACACCCGUCGUUUCUCCAUCGCAGGGAAGCCCAGAAGCAAAAGAGGAAAGCAGCUCCAGCAGCAACUCCAGCAGCAAAAGUGAGCCUUCCGAAGUUUCAACCAACACAUUAAUCAACACUUUUCCUCGUGCACCCGGCACCUCUGACUCUGUCAGGAUCAAGUGCAGAGAGAUGCUGUCAAAUGCUAUGCAGUCUGGAGAUGACUACAUUGCUAUUGGUGCUGAUUGUGACGAACUCGGAGCUCAAAUCGAGGAAUGUAUAUUCCAGGAGUUUAAGAACACAGACAUGAAAUAUAAGAACCGUGUGAGGAGCCGAAUCUCAAAUCUAAAAGAUAUGAAGAACCCCAAUUUAAGGAGGACUGUGCUGUGUGGGAGUGUGACUCCUGAGCGGAUGGCUAAGAUGACUGCAGAGGAAAUGGCCAGUGAUGAGCUGAAAGAAAUGAGGAAGAAUUUGACCAAAGAGGCUGUCAGGGACCACCAGAUGGCCACCACAGGAGGCACCCAGACUGAUCUGUUCACCUGUGGGAAGUGCAAGGGCAAAUGCUGCACCUACACACAGGUUCAAACUCGAAGUGCUGAUGAGCCUAUGACCACGUUCGUCUUCUGCAAUGAAUGCGGAAAUAGAUGGAAGUUCUGCUGAAUCGGCGGGUGCUUCCUUGGCACUCCGACAAGUAGCAAAAUUCCCGGACCAGGUUUUGUCUUUCUGCAAAAGAUUUUUUUUUGCAUUGUGUGGUACAUGGUGCACAACUUGCCAUACACAGAUGCCACAGCGGUUACCGUUUGAAUAAAUAUCAUGUCCAUAGAUUGAGCUCGUUGUCGGUUCCCACGACACCCCGCCCCCCAAAAUCUUUUACUAUUGUUAUUAGUUGUUUCUCACUGUCAGAUAUAUGCGAUCCGUCUUGUAUCAUUCUUUUAUCUGCAUUUUUUUAUAUGUAGUUUUAACAUUUUGGAUAAUGUUGUUUUGCUUUCCCCUCACAACAUUGCAUUGUUUUAUUUAAUUUCCCAAUAAAAGUGUAAUCCAUUUGAUUAAAAGAAGUGCUUUUCAUUAGACUGAAGUAUCUUCUGCUUACGUGAACAUUAUACUUGUGCAAUUAAGGAUCUGUGUGUAUGUGUUUGUAGGAGUGUACAUUUGUUGUCAGUGGAAUAUUCAUCACAUCAAAGUGAAUGCUGAUGAAUGAAUAUUCAUCGGUCCAGAGGCAGCAUAAUCUCAUUGGCUUAAACAGGGAAGACACACAAUUGUGUCCCUUUGCUCAAGG